AUGCUUUCCUCCUCCCAUUUCUCGAAACCGAUACGGGACGCGAACGAGAGCUCGAUAACGAGCCGUUGCGCGUUGUCCAUCAUCCAUCCACCGGCGAGCAGCAACGUCUACCUGAGGAUAAAACCUAGCCUCGAGGCGAGCGAAGAGAUUUACGCGUUGCCCGACUCGACCACCCUUCACGUGAGAAGGAACGUGGACAAGAGGUACAUGUUCACCAGGAUAUUCGACGGGGACACGUCGCAGGCGGAUUUCUUCUACGAGAGCGUGCGAAGGCAGGUGAUCCACCUGCUCCUCGGCGAGAGUUCCACCGUGAUCACGUACGGGGCGUCGAACACGGGGAAAACGUACACGUUGUACGGGACCCCGGGCGAGCCGGGCGCCAUACCCCGCUCCAUCCAGCUCCUCUUCUCGGCCAUCAACUGCACCCUGGCCCCCUGGUACAAGGUGGUGGACGACAACACGGUGAUCGCCCUCGACGAGCCCGAGCGUACCUGCGAGAUAUUCAACAAGACGAGGCUGAUCAACCCGAGCGUGAUCGCCAAGGAGGAGUACGCGCAGGCACGGUUGUCCCUCGACAACUCGAAUCCACGCCGGAACGAGGAGCGGGAUCUGUGGAGCGACGAGUGCGUCUCGUCCGUGUGGAUCUCGGUCGCCGAGAUACACAACGACAACGUGUACGAUCUUUUGGUGGCGAGCGGCCACGAGCAGCAGGAGAGGAGGCCGCUCAAGUUGACCACCCGUAGGGACGGGUCCACCUUCGUCAACGGUUUGAAAUUCGUCCACGUAACGACCGCCCUCGAGGCGUGCCAAUUGCUGAUCCUCGUCCGAUCGAGGAUGACGGUCGCUCCCUCCGCCGCGUCCAACUCCCACACCAUCUUCGCGUUGAAAUUGUUGAAGUACGAGAAGGAGAACAGGCCGGAAACGGUCCGCGUGAGCACGUUGACGUUCUGCGACGUAGCCGGGUCGAGGCGGGUGAAGAGCAGGGACGACACCAGGCUGGCCGAGUCUCGUAACAUAAACAACAGCCUGCUCGUGUUGGGAAGGUGUUUGAAAACGUUGCGGGACAGUUACUCGUCCGGGGAUCACGUGGCCGCCGGCCCGUUCCGCGAGUCCAAGUUGACCAGGAUGCUUCAAAAGGUGUUGACCGGUAGGGAGAAGUUCAGUUUCGUGGUUACGGUGGAUAUCGGCGCGGACGCGUUCGCCGAGACGUUGAGCGUGUUGAAUUUCUCCGCGAUGGCGAAGAGGUUGGGCGAGUCGAGGGCGUCGAGGAGGACGACGAACACCGCGACCGCGACGACCACCGCGACGACCACCGCGACGACCACGACGGCGAUGGCCGCGACGCCGAGGAACGCGAAAUCGUCCACGUUGAUCCCCCCCCCCUCCCCGAGGAAGACGAUCACGAUCGAUCUCGGCGAGUACGAGGAUCUGAAGAGGGGGAGGGGGGAGAGGUCGUCGAAGCAGACGCAGUCGGACGUGUCGUUCCACGAUUACGACAGGUUGAGGGAGAGGAACAGGGAGUUGAGGGAACGCGUGGAGGUGUUGGAGGAGGGGAAUUUGAAUUGGGAAUACGAGAUAAGGCGGGAGCUGGUCGACCGUUACUCGGCCGCGAUCGAGGAGUUGGAGUCGUGUUGGAGGAGGCGGGUGCAGGACAUCGAGGACGAGGGGAAGAGCCUGUUGAAGUGGUCGGUGUGCCAGGUCGAGUCGUUCUACAGGGAGCGUAUCGACAGUUUGAUGGAGAGCAGGGGGGCAAGCGAGGGGUGCGGCAAGAAGCGGAAGAGGGAGGAGGGGGGGGAGGGCUCGAUUCGGGGGGACCUGGAGACGGAGAACGCGGUGAUCACGUCGAAGGUGGUGGCUCUCAGGGAGGUGGUGCGGGAUCUGAGGGCGGAGAACGAGCUGUUGGCCACGGACAGGAACAAGUGCAACUUCGAGCUGGUGUUGACCAGGGAGAGGCUGAAAGGUUUCCACGAUUUGAUCCGCGCCCACUUCCCCGAGCUGUUUCUCAAGUUGUCGAGGGAGGACGGGAGCGACAUCGGUUGGCUGGUGUACGAGUUGAAGCGUAUACUGGACGAGAAGACGGAGGACAUCGAGUCGUUGGAGAACAAUCUGAGCCGGGCCUCGGAGGAUUACGUGAAGAUGGUGACGAAGACGAUAGACACGGAGAAGGAGUUGCGGGAGACGAGGAGCAGGCUGCAAGAGGUGUUGUUGAGGGCGAAAGAUUUCGAGAACGAGGUGAAGGAGAAGACGAAUCUCGCCAACGACCUCCAACUUCAAUUGCAAUUGUUGAGGAAGGAACUGGUCGAGAUACGCGAAUGUGAGAGCGGUUACGUUACUUUGAAAUCCGUCGGCAGGGGACGGAACACCGUCCGUAGUAAUUUCACCCGGAAAUAUGUUUGCAGCGAUGACCUGUUCUCUAGCGACAACAACAGCGACAACAACAACAACAACAACAACAACAACAACGCGGAGCUAGUAGUGGUGCACGUAUCCGCCAUGGAGUCGGAUCUGUCGGAUCGUCACACGUUCAGAUCGAGCGACAGCGGUAUAAAGGAGGAUUCCGGGAUCGAUUUCAGUUGCGCGAGUCGAAGAUCGACCGGUGUCAACGAUCCGAAUUCCAUCGUCGAAACGGCGAGGGAGAAUUUCACCCAAACCGAUGAGCCCCCCCCCCUCGACCGAGAGAAGACGGGACGCUCGUCGGAUCGCGGCGUCGAGUUGGAGCGUUACGUCAAACAACGAGAGGAGGAGGAGGAGGAGGAGGAGGAGGAAGACGACGACAAGGAGGUGGUGGCGGAGGGAGGAGAAACAUCGUACGGGAAAGAAUCGUCUCGUGGAGCGAGCGGCACGAGAUCGAUGAUAGACGCGUUGAAACGAAUCGCGGAUUUCAAUAAAUCGGAAUUGUCGGAAUGCAAGAAGAAAUUGUUGUCGUGCGAGGCGAAAAUGGCCGAGUUGGAGGAGGAGAACGAGAAAUUGGCGAGGAUGGUCGAGAUAGACACGCGCAGGUACAACGAGCGUAUCAACGAGUUGACCGACGAGUUGUUGGUCAAGGAGGAGGACGAUAAUCGAAGUUUGAACAAGUUGGAGAAUUGUUUGAAGAAGUGCGCCUACCUGGAGGAUCGAUUGACCGUGCUCCACUCGGUGCACGAGCGAACGUUGAAAUAUUUCGCGAGGCGGAAAGCCGAGGAGAUCGAUGCGGGGAGGGGGGGGGCUCGCGACGAACAGCCGUGCAGGUUGCAACGAUUGCGCGAGAGGAUCGACGAGUUCGAGAUCGUGGUGGAAAAGUGCAAGGAGGAGAGGGACGAUUAUCGGGUGCGGUUGGAGGAACAGUUGGAGACUCAGUCGAUGCUCGAGGCGAAGUUGAAGUGGUUGUCGACGGAAAUUCGGAGCAGGGACGAUCAGCUCGUCUCCCUGAAGAUGGAGAUGGACGGUAUCGCGGUGGCGAACGAGUCCAAUGACGAAAAGGUGAAAUGUUUGGGGGAGGAGAUCGGCCGGUCGGGCGAGAACGUGCGCCGCGCGAGCGACAAGUUGGCGUAUUUCGAGGAGGCGAGGAAAUAUCUGGAGGAGGCGUUGUUAAACAAUAAUAUCCUCGAAAAUUCUCGAACGAAUUUUGGGACACGGGACUCGGGAUCGAGGAUCGAUCGCGGGAGCGAGGAGGAGGAGGAGGAGGAGGACGAGCUUUGCAAGAUAAAAUUGCAGCUGCGCGAGAACGAACGGGAGAUGGAUUCGUUGAGGAAGCAUCGGAACGACGUGGUGAAAAAGUACGAGUGCACCGUGCAAAAGUUACGAAUCGAGAUCGAAAGGAUGAGGAAAAAGUUGUCAAAUUUGCAGAAAUUAUUGUUGACGAAUUUCGCGGGGAGGUAUAGGAGAUUCCUCGAUAAAAGGCGCGAGAAACGUACAACGAUUUUCCAAUUGCGAAAAUUGACGGCCCUCGGUGUCGUCGAGAAAGAAGCUUCGUCGAGCGACGAAGAAUCGUCCUUGCCGAUCGUCGAACGAUCGAUCGCUAGCCCCCGCUACGCCAAUUCCCGAUCUUCCGUGAAAAACCCGGAACUCGACACUGAUAUCGAUGCGUACGAAUCGGAGGAAUCUUAUCGAGCCGAAAAAUACUCGAUCAAUUGA